AUGUCAAGGACUCUUGCAGCCAUCCUUGGAGGUGCUGCAGGAGCCGUGGCAUUGGUGGGGAUUGUGAUCUUAGUCAUAAGGUUCUGGUUUUUUAGCGCUAGGACCAUUUCCAGAACUUCUGAGACGGGAUCUUCUGAUCCUUCAGUUCAAGCUGGACGAACUACUGGGAUCGAAUUCACCUUGAGAGAUGCUAGACGAUUUGAGAUUGAGGAAUUGUUUGUGGCUACCAAUAAUUUUAGUGAUAAAGGAUUGAUUGGGCAAGGGAAAUUUGGCGAGGUGUACAAGGGUUUACUUCAAGACGGGAUGCUUGUGGCAAUAAAAAGGCGACAUAGCCCUCCCACUCCGGAUUUCGUUGAGGAGGUCCGAUAUCUUUCAUCAAUCCAGCACCGGAAUCUUGUUACUCUGUUAGGUUAUUGCCAGGAAAAUGGUCAACAGAUUCUGGUGUACGAAUACAUUCCCAAUGGCAGUGUUUCAAUUCAUUUGUAUGGAGCUGGACAGAUAUCAACUGAGAAGCUUGAAUUCAAGCACAGGCUUUCUAUAGCUCUGGGGGCAGCAAAAGGUCUGGCUCACAUUCACUCACUUAGCCCUCGCUUACUACACAAAGACUUUAAGACAUCAAAUGUUCUUGUGGAUGAAAAUUUUGUAGCAAAGGUUGCAGAUGCAGGAUUACGGAAUUUCCUUGGAAGAUUUGAAAUUGGGGGCUCAUCUUCUGAAGUGACAACAGAUGAGGUGUUCCUCGCACCAGAGGUAAAAGAGUUCAGACAUUUUUCUGAGAAAAGUGACGUAUACAGUUUUGGUGUAUUUCUUCUGGAGUUAGUGAGUGGGAGAGAAGCGCUGGAUUUACUUGCUUCAGACCCUAACCAAAACCUUGUGGAAUGGUUGCAAAACUAUCAGGAAUCAGGGGAUUUAGCAAUCAUCAUUGAUCAGAGGCUGGCUAAUAGUUUCACCACAGAAGCAACGUACCUCCUCUUUCCCUCCAAAAAUCCCGAAAAUAUAGUUGACCAGAAUCUUCAAAGUUGGCGCAUAUCUGGAUUGGGUUUCUCCAAUUACAUCCGCAAAUGGAGUCAUUAUAAUCACUGCAAUCGUUCUAUCUUCCUCCUCCGCACAAAUGGAUACAAUUUUCUGUUGGCUUCGUCUUCAUUGGCUGGAGCCUCAACCGCCGCCUCCACCACUAAAACCAGAUUGCCGCCGCCAUCUCCGUCGCGGCCAGCCAUCCCGACCACCCGAGACAAGAGUUUAGAAAACGACCCCAUUACUCUGCUCAAUGACAGAAUUGUCCGGGAGCACUGUAAGAGAAGGGAUUUCAGGCCCCCGCCGGAGGACGCCGACAAGUACAUUCGCCUUGUUAAGGAGCAGCAGGAAAGGGGUUUACAGAAGCUCAAAGGCGGCGCCGGCGGUUCUUUCGGGUACAAGGUUGAUCCUUACACUCUCCGUCCUGGAGAUUAUGUGGUCCAUAAGAAGGUGGGUAUCGGCCGGUUUAUUGCUAUUAAAUUCGACUUCUCCACCGCUGACCAGCGUCCUGUUGAGUAUUUGUUCAUUGAGUAUGCUGAUGGUAUGGCUAAACUUCCUGUCAAGCAAGCCUCUCGCAUGCUCUACCGCUAUAAUUUACCAAAUGAAUCUAGAAGGCCUCGUACUUUGAGCAAACUAAGCGAUCCAAGCGCUUGGGAAAGGAGAAGGUUGAAGGGAAAGGUUGCAGUUCAGAAAAUGGUGGUUGACUUGAUGGAGCUCUAUAUACACAGGCUCAAACAAAGGCGUCCUCCUUACCCCAAAACACCUGCCAUGACUGAAUUCGCAUCUCAAUUUCCUUAUAAACCAACACCAGAUCAGGAGCAGGCGAUAAUGGAUGUUGAAAAGGACUUGACUGAGCGAGAAAACCCUAUGGACAGAUUAAUAUGUGGAGAUGUUGGUUUUGGUAAAACUGAAGUUGCUCUGCGUGCCAUCUUUUGUGUGGUUUCAUCAGGGAAGCAAGCUAUGGUUCUUGCACCUACAAUAGUUCUGGCUAAACAGCACUAUGAUGUUAUCUCUGAGCGCUUUUCAAGAUAUCCAGACAUUAAAGUUGGACUUUUAAGUCGAUUUCAGUCCAAGUCAGAGAAGGAGGAAUAUCUGCACAUGAUUAGACAUGGGCAAGUGGACAUUGUGGUGGGUACUCAUGCAUUACUUGGUAAUGGAGUGGUGUAUAAUAAUCUUGGUCUUCUUGUGGUUGAUGAGGAACAGAGAUUUGGAGUGAAGCAAAAGGAAAAGAUUGCUUCGUUUAAAACCUCCGUUGAUGUAUUGACACUUUCAGCCACCCCUAUUCCCCGUACCCUCUAUUUAGCAUUGACUGGUUUUCGUGAUGCUAGUUUAAUUACAACACCUCCGCCUGAAAGAGUUCCAAUUAAAACCCAUCUUUCAGCAUUUAGUAAAGAAAAGGUCAUAUCAGCCAUAAAGUAUGAGCUGGAUCGAGGUGGACAGAUCUUUUAUGUUUUACCCCGAAUUAAAGGGCUUGACGAAGUCAAGGACUUUCUUGAGGAGUCAUUUCCGAAUGCUGAAACAGCUGUUGCACAUGGAAAGCAAUACUCAAAACAGCUUGAGGAAACUAUGGAAGGAUUUGCAUUAGGAGAAAUCAGGAUUCUCAUAUGCACCAACAUAGUUGAAAGUGGGCUAGAUAUUCAAAAUGCAAACACAAUCAUAAUUCAAGAUGUUCAGCAAUUUGGUCUUGCUCAGUUGUAUCAGUUGCGUGGAAGAGUUGGCCGGGCCGAUAAAGAGGCUCAUGCAUAUUUGUUUUAUCCUGAUAAGUCUCUGCUUUCCGAUCAGGCAUUAGAGAGGCUUGCUGCCCUUGAGGAGUGUCGCAAUCUUGGCCAGGGUUUCCAGCUAGCUGAGAGAGACAUGGCAAUUAGAGGCUUUGGAAAUAUCUUUGGUGAACAACAAACAGGAGAUGUUGGAAAUGUGGGCAUUGAUCUUUUCUUCGAGAUGCUGUUUGAGAGCCUGUCAAAGGUUGAUGAGCAUCGUAUUACUCCAGUUCCUUACCAGUCAGUGCAGCUUGAUCUAAAUAUAAAUCCCCACCUGCCUUCGGAGUACAUACAUUAUCUGGAGAAUCCCAUGGAAAUAAUUAACGAGGCCGAAAGAGCUGCCAGGAUAGAUAUAUGGAGUUUGAUACAGUUCACUGAGAGCCUUCGUCAUCAGUAUGGAAAAGAGCCUUACUCCAUGGAAAUCCUGUUAAAAAAACUGUAUGUGAAGAGGAUGGCUGCGGAGUUGGGAAUUACGAGGAUAUAUUCAUCCGGAAAGAUAGUUGGCUUCAAAACAAACAUGAACAAAAUGGUUUUCAAGCUAAUAAUUGAUUCGAUGGUGUCCGACACACACAGGAAUUCUCUUGCUUUUGAGGAUGGCUUAAUUAAGGCUGAACUUCUUUUGGAGCUGCCAAGUGAGCAGUUACUGAAUUGGAUAUUCAACUGUCUUGCGGAACUCUAUAGCUCUCUGCCGGCCUUAAUCAAAUACUAG